AAAAAAAAAAAAAAAAAAAAAAACAAUAGAAACGCGAGAACGCGUUACUUAUUACAAAAAAUAGUGCGCAAAUCGUCCCUGUACGUUGCUACUUGCGUUGACACUGACAUUAGAAAAAUUCGAUGCCUUCCAGGGACGAUAUUCGCUCCCUAUCCACUGAGCUACGCUGGAUCCCUCCUUCAACUGUUAGACGCGAUGCACUCACCCCAGAAAGCCGAAAUGAUCUCAUCUUUAGAAAGGUACGGGGUAUUCUUAACAAGCUCACACCGGAAAAAUUCGCAAAGCUGAGCAACGACCUGCUCAACGUUGAGCUUAAUUCCCAUGUGAUUCUCAAGGGUGUUAUUUUCUUGAUCUUCGAAAAAGCGCUUGAUGAACCCAAGUACAGUUCUAUGUACGCACGGCUGUGCAAACAGCUGUCUGACGAAGCCGCAAACUUUGAACCCCGUAAACCGAUCGAUGAAAGUCAAAAAGGCCAGAGCACAUUCAGAGUCCUUUUACUUAACAAGUGCAAAGACGAGUUCGAAAAUCGUUCAAAAGCAAGCGAGGCGUUCGAGAAUCAGGAUGAGCUUGGUCCAGAGGAAGAAGAGCGCCGGCAGGUGGCCAAGCGCAAGAUGCUCGGUAACAUCAAAAGUUCAGUUUCUGAAGCUGAACCUUGA